CACUUCGCCUGUUUGACGACAAAGUACAACUGCCCCGGAGUGCCGGCUGUCCUCUCCAUACUUUUGGCCAACAUCAACGCCUUCUAUGCCCACAGCACUUCUACCAACAGCCAGACCGCCAGCGAACGUUUCGCGGCGAGUAAUUUUGGAGUAAGUAUCUGCCUUGAUGAUCCCCUGAAAAUGCCAAACAGGCUAAAAUAG